GACAACCACAGGGAAACAAACAACAGUUAGCACUUGUAUUCCUCUGAGAUAGAGUACUUACAUCAAUAUGAGCAUCACUGAAGCACAAGAGAUGGACGGAGUAGAUGAAGAGGCGAUCUAUUCCAAUGCAGACAUUAUGAAUGAUCAUCUCAGAAGAGGCAUGGAGGACUCAGAUGCAAAGAGACUUCAGUGCACAGGACGUGAUUCUGUGUGGAAGAGAAUGUACGGAGCAGCUGCGGUGUGUUUGGUGCUGCUGUGUGUUCUUCUGCUGAUUGUCAUCAUAGUGCUGCGCGUCCAGCUCAACACAGAGACUCACCAACAUGAAAUUGACAUUAAGAUCUUUACAAAUGAGAGAGACCAAUUGCUAAACAAUAAUACAGACCUUAUGAAAGAGAAAAACCAGUUAAUAAACAAUAAUACAGACCUUAUGAAAGAGAGAAACCAGUUAAUAAACAAUAAUACAGACCUUGUGAAAGAGAGAAACCAGUUAAUAAGCAAUAAUACAUACCUUGUGAAAGAGAGAAACCAGUUAAUAAGCAAUAAUACAGACCUUGUGAAAGAGAAUGAAAAAUUACUUAUUGAGAAUGCCAAGCUCAAAUCUAAUGAAACCCUAAUAAACAAGACUACAACCCUCACGUAUGAGGGAAACCAGUUACUAACAGAGAAAACAACCAGUUCAGAACCAAUAUCUGUACCAAUUGUAACUCAUUGAUCUAUGAGGUGGAAGUCAUCAGCCUAUGUUCAUUAUAUCUAAUUUAAAAAAAAAAAACUCACUCAGCAAUGAAAUAUAUAUGGUUAUUUGAAACAAUUUAAGCAUCCAUGGAGGAUAUAUCUCUACAACAU